AUGACUAUAGUAUCUGAAACAGGGGGAGAAACACUAAUUAAGGAUGAUAAUCUUGAACUUAAAGUGUAUGUUCGAAAAAAAUUCCACAAAGGUGGUGCAAGCCCUAUUGUCUCUCUAGUAGAAAUCCAAUCCGAUUUACCAACUGAAGGUCCUAUAGAUAAUAUGCCUUAUAGUUCUUCAUAUGGUAAUCCUUCUUACUCAUCCAAUGAUUUACAUGAUUUGUCUUUUCUUGAUAUUAAUCUUCCAAUUUCAGUGAGAAAAAAUAUUCCUAACCUCAAUGUCCCAGCUGCUAAGAGGAAAGGUUCUCGUAAGAUUGCUAUCUUAAUGGUAUAUGUUGAUGACAUUAAAGCAAUUAGUGAUAUCAAGAGAAAACUUGAGGCUGAGUUUAAUAUCAAGGAUCUUGAAAAGUUAAAAUACUUUCUAGGGAUGAAGUUCGCAAGAUAUAAAGAAGGAAUUUUUCUCAACCAGCACAAGUAUAUACUUGAUUUACUCACAGAAACAGGGAUGCCAAGGUGUAAAGUAGUAGAAACACAAAUGGAUCCCAAUGUGAAAUUAACGUCAGUUGUUGAAUAUGAAAUAAUAGAUAGAGAACACUAUCAACGAUUGGCUGAAAGACUAAUUUACUUAUCACAUACAAGGCUGGAUAUAGCCUUUGUAGUGAGUGUAAUAAGACAAUUUAUGCAUGCACCAGGAGCUGCCCACUUUGAAGCUAUUUUCAUAAUAUUAAUAUAUUUUAAAGGUACUUCAAGAAAGGGGUUGAUAUUAAAAAAUAGAGGGCACAUACCGAUUGAAGCCUAUACAAAUGCUGAUUGGGCAAGUAAUAUAAAUGAUAAAAGGUCUACCUUAGGAUAUUGUACUUUUGUAAGUGGAAACCUAGUUGCAUGGAAGAAAAAAAAACAAAAUGUUGUAGCCAGGAGUAGUGCAAAAGCUAAAUUUCGAUCUGCGACCCAUGGUUUUUGUAAGAUAUUAUAG